AUGCAUAUUGGGAGAAUGGUGUCUGGCUUUGGGCAUGCGGCGAGAUCGACGAGUGGGCGCUACUGCGCGGCGUUGCACGAAGAAUUCGUGGCGCUUGACAGGAAGAACAAGAACCUGCAGCGGCGCAUUAUCGAUGAAGAAUAUGAGGCAAAAAUUGCCACCCUCUCGCUCUUCGAAACGGUGCCCUUGAAGCCCGUGAUCCAACAGCGCCGCCGACCCUUGCAGAAUGUUUUGAACAUGGACCAAGGUGUGAGGCGUGCUGCGUCGGUUUUCCCUGGAAUUCCGCAACGCCGCCCGUUGGAACACGUGUGCUCGGAUGUCUGCAAGAAGCUAGCCCACGAUGUCGAGGAAGCCAGGCUGCAGCACGCGAAAUUGAUGAAGCGCGCCAUGCAAAAGCCCCUGCCGCCUGCGCCCAAGAGAGGAGCACUGAAGCGCCGCGCAUCCACUUCUCCUCCACAAGCAGCGAAGCGUGUGCGAUUCGCGCCCGACGUGACGCCCCAGCCCUACCUGCAGACCGCGACAAUGACCCUGACGCGGCCCUCGUUCAACAUCUUCUCAGCC